AUGUCUGUUCAAGGAUUUUGGGGUCUUCAGUGUGUUCCCGGUAAAACUUAUACUCAAAUCGUGUCGGCACCUUUCCGUGUGUCCAUGGCUGCUUUGUCAGACACCAUUUCCAGCAAGGACCGUAGUACCCUUUGUGUCAAGGUGGACAAGAAUGAUUUUGCCUUGUGCUCUUUGGUUCCCGAAAAGACCGAGCAACAACCUUUAGAUCUUACCUUGGUCGAAGGCGAGGAAGUGACCUUUUACGUAAAGGGCGACAACACUAUCCAUCUCACUGGCAACUAUAUCUUUGAAGAUGAUGAGGAUGAAUACUCUGAUGAUGAUGAAGAAAUGGAGAGCGAUGAAGAAAAUUGGGCCGACAUGCCCGAGGGAAUGGACCCCGAACAGAUGGCUCAAUAUCUUGAUGGUGACGAGGACAGCGAAGAUGAUGAGGAUUUUGACGACGAGGAGUUGGAUGAGGAACUCGAUGAAGAUGAUGAAGAGGAGGAUUCUGAGGAUGAUGAUGAAGACGAGGACGAAGAGGAGGAAAGCGGAGAUGAAUGGGUUGUCGCUGAAUCAUCCGGUGAUAAGAAAAAGCGUCCUGCCGAAGCCUCCAACGAGCAGCAGCCCGCUUCCAAGAAACAAAAGGCUGCCGAAUUGAUGCAGAAGGAGGUUGAAGAACAAAAGAAGGAGGCUGAGAAGCAAAAGAAGCAGGCUGAAAAACAAAAGAAGCAGGCUGAAGAACAAAAGAAGGAGGCUGAAAAACAAAAGAAGCAGGCUGAAAAACAAAAAAAGCAGGCUGAAGAGCAAAAGAAGAAGGCUGAAGAGCAAAAGAAGAAGGCUGAAGAGCAAAAGAAGAAGGCUGAAGAGCAAAAGAAGAAGGCUGAAGAACAAAAGAAGAAGGCUGAAGCUGCCAAGGAAAAGUCCACGGUCAAGAAACUUCCUAAUGGUUUAAUAAUCGAAGAUAUCAAAAUUGGUACCGGUGAAGUGGCCAAGAGCGGCAAGCGCGUCGGUAUGCGUUACAUUGGCAAAUUGACAAAUGGCAAGGUGUUUGAUAAGAAUGUUUCCGGCAAACCGUUCAACUUCCUUUUGGGCCGUGGUGAAGUCAUCAAGGGCUGGGAUAUCGGUGUUGCCGGUAUGAAGAUUGGCGGUGAACGUAAGCUUACCAUUCCCGCACCUUUGGCCUAUGGCAAACGUGGUGCUCCCCCGGAUAUUCCCGGUAAUGCCACUCUUAUCUUUGAGGUCAAACUCCUUGCUGUGAAAUAA